AUGGUAGGCGGAGUAGAGCAGAAAGAAUUCAGACAUAUGCAUGUGGCGCUCGCUUCCACACAUGUCCAUGGGCAAAACUUCUACCUUGACCUCCACCCUCUACACCUGUCCACUGUAGAAAUAGGUGAUAAGUGGAGCUCCUCAGGAAAGACUGAAACAAAAAGUUCUCCACCAGACCAGAGUAAACACCAGGAAGGAAGGGACGUGCUGUGCCUCAGCACAGAUUCACCUGUGAAGGAAGUCGAGAAGGACCCCCGCAGGCCCAGAGUGUGCAGGAGCUGCAAGGGUGAGGGUAGAACCGGGCAGAUUAGACGCGGCAAGAACUGGGGAGAAGAGGCAGCACCACAGAGCCCGGCAGACCGCCUCCGUCUGUGCGGGCUAGAGAUGCUGCUGUGGGCCGGAUGGGUCCCCUGGACAUGGAUGAGACAGAAUGGGAUAGUCGGUGUUUGGACAAUCCCAAGGGAAGACCCAAAGAUACGGCUGACAUGGGGUGGAAUGGAGGAUGUCGCUGAGGAAGAAGGUGGAGACCUGGCCCAGCCGGGCAUCAGCUUUCCAGGGCCAGCAGAGGAGGAUCUAGACCAGCAGUACUCAUGGUCACCAACUCAGCACUUCAAUGAAGAAAGAUACUCCCCUGCUCCUAGGAAUAUGAAAGGAUUAUCUGGAAGUCGAACUCAACCACAGUUGUGUUCUGGUCAUACUUGUGGCUUAACGGCGCCUGACGACUGUGAGCAUAGCCAUGAGCACAUCCACCAUGGGCAGGAGGCCAGGCAGUCCUACCUGCUCAGCCCGACGGAGAGCUGCCCCCUGGACCACCACCGCUGCUCCCCCCGGAGCUCCAUCCACUCAGAGUGCGUGAUGAUGCCCAUGAUGCUGGGCGACCACAUGUCCAGCAGCACCUUCCCCAGGAUGCACUACAGCUCGCACUACGACACGAGAGACGACUGCGCCAUGUCUCACGCCAGCACCAAAAUUAACCGCAUCCCAGCCAAUCUCUUGGACCAGUUUGAGAAACAGCUCCCUCUCCACAGGGAUGGGUUCCACACGUUACAGUACCAGAGGACUUCAACUGCCGCAGAGCAGCGCAGCGAGAGCCCAGGGAGGAUACGACACCUCGUCCACUCUGUCCAAAAACUCUUCACCAAGUCGCAUUCCUUGGAAGGCUCUUCCAAGAGCAAUAUCAAUGGGACGAAGGGUGACAGCAGGGUGGACGACCACCACCAUGGCCACCACUCUAAACACAGUAAAAGGAGUAAAAGCAAGGAGCGGAAGCCCGAGGGCAAGCACAGAUCCGGCAUGAGCAGCUGGUGGAGCUCCGACGACAACCUGGACAGUGACAGCACCUACCGAACGCCCAGCGUGGUCAACAGGCACCACAUGGAUCACAUUGCCCACUGCUACCCUGAGACACUGCAGAGUCCCUUUGGGGACCUCUCACUGAAGACUUCCAAGAGUAAUAAUGACGUCAAGUGCUCAGCCUGCGAGGGCCUCGCCAUGACCCCGGACACCAAGUACAUGAAACGGAGCUCCUGGUCCACACUCACGGUGAGCCAGGCCAAGGAGGCCUACCGCAAGAGCUCCCUGAACUUAGACAAGCCCCUGAUCCACCAGGAGAUCAAGCCUGCCCUGAGGCCGUGCCAUUACCUCCAGGUGCCUCAGGAUGAAUGGGGAGGGUACCCCACUGGGGGCAAAGACGAGGAGAUCCCCUGCAGGAGGAUGAGAAGCGGGAGUUAUAUUAAAGCCAUGGGAGAUGAGGAGAGCGGAGAGUCAGACUCUAGUCCCAAAACAUCACCAAAGGUCGCAAUCCGCCCGGAGCCCCUGCUGACAUCCAUUGGACAGAGACCACUUGGAGACCACCAAACCCAGAGCUACCUGCAAGCUGCAAGUGAUGUCCCUGUGGGUCACAGCCUGGACCCCUCUGCCAACUACAACUCCCCAAAAUUCCGCUCGAGGAACCAGAGCUACAUGAGGGCCGUCAGCACCCUGAGCCAGGCCAGCUGCGUGAGCCAGAUGAGUGAAGCGGAGAUCAAUGGGCAGUUUGAGUCAGUGUGUGAAUCUGUCUUUAGUGAAGUGGAAUCUCAGGCCAUGGAUGCCCUUGACCUCCCUGGAUGUUUCCGAACAAGGAGUCAUAGUUACCUUCGAGCCAUUCAAGCUGGUUACUCCCAAGAUGAUGAAUGUAUCCCCAUGAUGACACCCUCCAACAUCACCUCAACCAUCAGGUCAACAGCAGCUGUCUCAUAUACGAAUUACAAGAAAACACCCCCACCGGUACCUCCUCGGACCACCUCCAAGCCUCUGAUCUCGGUGACAGCUCAAAGCAGCACUGAGUCCACCCAGGAUGCCUACCAGGACAGCCGCGCCCAGAGGAUGUCCCCGUGGCCCCAGGAUGGCCGUGGCCUCUACAACUCCACAGACAGUUUGGACAGCAACAAGGCUAUGAAUCUAGCUCUGGAAACGGCUGCGGCCCAGCGUCAUGCCUCAGAUAGCCAGAGCAGCUCCGUGCGAACCAGUGACAAGGCCAUUCUGGUGUCCAAGGCUGAGGAGUUCCUCAAGAGCCGAUGCUCCUCCAUCGGAAUUCAGGAUUCUGAAUUCCCAGAGCAUCAGCCAUACCCAAGGUCAGAUGUGGAAACAGCUACGGAUUCUGACACGGAGAGCCGAGGCCUGCGGGAAUACCACUCUGUUGGUGUGCAAGUGGAAGAUGAAAAGCGACAUGGACGUUUUAAACGUUCUAACAGCGUCACGGCUGCUGUCCAAGCCGACUUGGAGCUGGAGGGCUUCCCGGGACACAUCACCAUGGAGGACAAAGGCCUCCAGUUCGGCUCAUCCUUCCAGCGGCAUUCAGAACCCAGCACCCCUACCCAGUACGGAGCGCUCAGAACUGUACGGACCCAGGGGCUCUUCAGUUAUAGAGAAGACUAUAGGACGCAAGCGGACACUUCAAACCUUCCCCCUCCUGACCCUUGGUUGGAGCCAUCCAUUGAGACAGUAGAAACUGGAAGGAUGUCUCCAUGCCGCAGGGAUGGCUCAUGGUUUCUGAAACUGCUGCACACAGAGACGAAGAGGAUGGAAGGCUGGUGUAAAGAGAUGGAAAGAGAAGCAGAGGAGAACGAUCUUUCGGAAGAAAUUCUCGGUAAAAUCAGGAGUGCUGUUGGGAGUGCCCAGCUUCUCAUGUCUCAGAAAUUCCAGCAAUUUUAUUGGCUUUGCCAACAAAAUAUGGACCCCAGCGCCAUGCCGAGACCAACGUCCCAGGACCUGGCUGGGUACUGGGACAUGCUGCAGCUUUCCAUCGAGGACGUCAGCAUGAAGUUUGAUGAGCUGCACCAGCUGAAGCUCAAUGACUGGAAGAUAAUAGAGUCACCAGAAAGAAAGGAAGAACGAAAGGUCCCCCCUCCAAUACCAAAGAAGCCCCCCAAAGGAAAAUUUCCUAUUACUAGAGAAAAGUCUCUCGACCUGCCCGACAGACAAAGGCAAGAAGCCCGAAGACGCCUCAUGGCCGCCAAGAGGGCCGCCUCGUUCCGCCAGAGCUCGGCCACCGAGCGCGCCGACAGCAUCGAGAUCUACAUCCCGGAGGCCCAGACCCGGCUCUGA